AAACGUGGUUAAUAUCGGGGUGAUUCUAUUGUAGAGACUUGGUUUCAAUUUCAAUAGAACAUCGACGUAGGUCUGCAGCAUAUUUCACCUUUUAUCAGUUUCUGAUACAGACGGCUAUGUCGCUAGAGGGUAUAGAGUGUGUGUGGGUAAAGUCGGAGCCUCGGGAGAGCGCGAGCAUGUGCUCAGACCACGAGACGGGACAGACCGGGGACACACGUGCAGUGAAGUCAGAGACUGAGUCAGACAGCGGCAUGUACCUCAUAAAUGACCAAGUGGAAAUUGAGGUUGAGGUUGACCCCCAGCAAUUCCUUCUUAAGGAGCUAGUGUGUCCAGGGCAGACUCAACAUGAAGACCCAAAAGAGCAACCAGACUCAAAAUCUUCAAAGAUUAAAAGAAAACUAACUAAUGGCAAAAUGAGUGACGACAAAAAAACAUAUCCAUUGACUUCUCGGUGUAAUAUCGACUUGAGUAAAAGGUCGCGAAUAAUUUCUCUGCAUGAGAAAGGCAAAAAUAUCUCCGAGAUCGCUAGAGAGACCGGUGUUACUAGGAAAACUGUAUCACUAUGGGUACACCGAUUUCAAGAGAAGAGGUCAUUGCGCGAUCAGCAAAGAACCGGCAGGCCAAGUCUCAUAGACAGCUCGCAGCGCCAGCUCAUGAUUAAAGAAUUUGAGGAGAAUGGAUUCAAGUCAACACACCACUACGCCCGGUUGUUUGGUACCAGUGUGGACACAGUGAGACGAGUGCUGCAUAGCGAGGGGCUGUAUUAUCGGCAGGCGGUCAAACCUCUGCGCGACGCAUCGUAUGAGGAUGACCCGCAACCACAUGAAGAGAAAUGAGGUAAUGAGGUACAACCACUGAAUAAGUAGACCACCACUACCACCAGCUGAGUAGUACCAGUCUCUAGCUGAGUAGUACCAGUGGGGAGACACUCCUUCGGGCAAACUCGGCUCCGUUCGGUUCAGCAUUGCUCCGAGCAACUAGGGUUGACACAAAUUGACGACUUGCGUGCACGACCACACAUAAUGGCUUGAAUUUUGACAGCCCUAAAUAGCCGAAAGGGAUAGUGGCAUAUAUUGGAAAGGGACAGCAUGCUUCGACCCUGAAUCGCUGUCAAACUUCGGUUUAGUAGGAAGUUUCCUUUCUGUAUGGUAGUACUAUUAUUAUUUAUUAUGUGCCUCUGCGCGACGGACCAUCGUAUGAGGAUGACCCGUAACCACAUGAAGAGAAAUGAUGUAAUGAGGUACAACCACAGAAUAAGUAGUACCAGUGGGGAGACACUCCUUCGGGCAAACUCGGCUCCGUUCGGUUCAGCAUUGCUCCGAGCAACUAGGGUUGACACAAAUUGACGACUUGCGUGCACGACCACAGAUAAUGGCUUGAAUUUUGACAACCCUAAAUAGGCGAAAGGGAUAGUGGCAUAUAUUGGAAAGGGACAGCAUGAUUCGACCGUGAAUCGCUGUCAAAUUUCGGUUUAGUAGGAAGUUUCCUUUCUGUAUGGUAGUACCAAAGAUAUAUGUAACUCCGUAUAAGAUAAAAAAAGUUUAAGAAAAAAACGUGCCUCGGAAAUCAAGAAAAAGUCAUUCUCGAAUAGAUGGCGCCAUGACCUUUGGCCUAUUCCGGGCUAGAUGGCGUUGACAACACCGUUUGAUACUUAAUAAUUUUAACAUAUCAGUGAAAGAACAUGGGUCAGUAUGGAACAAUAAAAAUUAAAAAUCAUUUAUCCGUAUACAUAUUUUGAUUAAUCUAAAGAUUUUCAAUUUUAUUUUAAGUUUUAAUCGUGUGUCGAUAGAUGGCAGUAAAUUUACUGUGGCUACAAAAGUUACUAUGGCAAUAGCCCUCUAUACUAUCUAUUCUCUUUGGUAGUACUAUUAUUAUUUAUUAUGUGCCUCUGCGCGACGGACCAUCGUAUGAGGAUGACCCGCAACCACAUGAAGAGAAAUUAUGUAAUGAGGUACAACCACAGAAUAAAUAAUAGUACUAGGUACAGAAGACUCACUUUCUAACAAAACGCGUGUUACGAUCAGGACAGAUAUGGCCGGUAGGUGGCGACAGCGCCACUCGCGGCUUAUGGCAAACCCCAAAAUUGGGGUCGAACGGAUGUACUUUUAGCUACCUGUAGCAAAGCGACGAAAUCGCGGAGUGAGACACGCCUGGUACAACCAAUGAAUAAGUAAUGGUACUCCCAGGGGUGCGAAACUCCUGCCUUUGGGCGAACCUUUAAGCGGUAUCCAGACGGGACUGAUCAAAUCGGGUGAUUUGAUCAGAAAUGAAAUUGGCGUCAAUCUCCGAUUUUAGAUUUAUGGUGAUAUUAGAGCCCUCUAAAUUGAAAAAAUGCCCCAGAACGAAAAUACUGGCCUCACAAAUUGGUAUACAUGCGUCCGCACCUCAUUUUAUCGAUAAUAACGGUCAUUAUCGGCGGUUGAGUUCGGCGAGCGAAAUUGGCGUUUGCGUCCGCACGUCCUGAUUCGAUCGGGCAUAAUCAGAUUGGCGAAAAAUUGACUAGUCUGGAUACGCCUUUAGUCCCCACCAGUAAUGCACGUGGGGCGGGACAAAUGAGAAUACACAGACUGACUAAAAAUGUUUUUAGGGUUCCGUACCCAAAGGGUAAAACGGGACCCUAUUACUAAGACUUCGCUGUCCGUCCGUCCGUCCGUCUGUCUGUCACCAGGCUGUAUCUCACGAACCGUGAUAGCUAGACAGUUGAAAUUUUCACAGAUGAUGUAUUUCUGUUGCCGCUAUAACAACAAGUACUAAAAACAGAAUAAAAUAAAGAUUUUUAAGUGGGGCUCCCAUACAGCAAACGUGAUUUUUGACCAAAGUUAAGCAACGUCGGGCGUGGUCAGUACUUGGAUGGGUGACCGUUUUCUUUUUGCAUUUUUUCCGUUUUUUUUUUGCUUUAUGGUACGGAACCCUUCGCGCGCGAGUCCGACUCGCACUUGCCCGGUUUUUAACAUUUUCGAUUGUAAUAUCGGCAAGGUUGUAUUGUAAGAAGGUAACAUGAUUUUAGUAUAAAUAAAACA